AGCUAUUGUCCAGUAGGGACGGAAUUUGUAGACGAACAUCCCGACAUUAGUAGUUGCGUUAUAGAACAUUUUAUUUUUAUUAAUGAAUUAGUGAAAUAUGUUAUGCCUUUAUAUAUCCCGAAAAAGAUCUACAUAAUAUUGAAUCUAUUCUGGCAGGUUUGUUGUUGUUGCACUUCAUGGAGAGGAAUCGGGAAGAAGAUAUAGACUGGGGAGAGCGAUACAGACUGGAUCCGUUUACAACUGUAAACAAAAGUGUAAAAGACUUUCUAGUGCAGAAUGCACAUGAAGGACUGGCUCUGCCAUUGACAGUCUAUGAGAGAUGUUCUGUUAUAUCAGGACACUGUGUGUAUUAUCAUUACGGCUGUGAUGGACAGGACGACAGAGGCUGGGGUUGCGGAUACCGGACUGUUCAGACCAUAGGCUCCUGGAUCAAUAAUGGAUCUCACGCUGGAAAAUCCAGACCACCGCCAAGUCUCCCUGAAAUCCAACAAGCUCUAGUUACUAUAGGAGACAAACCAGCCUCGUUUAUGGGCUCUAAAGAGUGGAUAGGGACUUAUGAGGCUGCUCUGGUUCUUGACCAACUGUAUGAUGUCCCCUGCCGGCUGGUGCACGCGCGCAGUGGGGGAACAGAGCUCGAGCAGGCGGCUCAGGACCUGCACCUCCAUUUCCUCACCCGGGGAUCACCAGUGAUGAUGGGUGGAGACAGGGACAACUCCUCCAAAGGCAUUCUGGGUGUGUGCACCGGGAAAGAAGGCAGCUACCUGCUUAUAAUGGAUCCACACUAUUAUGGCCCUGUCCCGGAUAGGGAGUCUCUGCAAAAGAAUGGCUGGGUGGCGUGGAGAAGAGUUCAAUCUCUCAACCAGAGCUCCUUCUAUAAUCUUUGUUUACCACAAACAUAACAAUGGUUCUGAUUCCACUUAUUAGUUAUGCCUCAGGGUUUGGAAAUUUUGUGAUUUUACCCAGCAGAUUGGUUUUCUAAAUUGUUUCUGUUUAAUAUUCAUUCAUCUUCAGUAAGCACUUUAUCCUGUUCAGGGUUGUGGUAAGUCUGGAGCUUGUCCCAGAAACAUUGGUGUGAAAAUUAUCCCUGGUAGUAGUUCAGUCUUUAAGAUGUUGGAAUAGUGAUCAAAAGGUUGUGAGUUCAAAUCCCACUGCUGCCACUAUUGGACCCUUGAGCAAGGCCCUUACCCUCAUCUGCUCAGUUGUAUAAAUGAGAAAAAUGUAAGUUGCUCUUGAUAAGGGCGUUUGACAAAUCCCACAUAUGUAAAUAAAUCAUAGACAAUCCAACUAGCAGCAUAUUUUCAGAUAAUGGAAGGAGGCUGGAGAACUCAGAGGAAACCCACAGGAUCAUGGAUGCUUAGGAUCAAACUGAGGACCCUUGAGCUGUUAUGCAGCAACACUACCACUGUAUCUGGUCUAUAUAUAUAUAUAUAUAGUAAAUUCUGAAAGUUCUCUGUUAAUCAAUAAAACCAUGUUAAUAAUAUUGUUACAUCCUCUCUGGCCCAUUAAAAGUUGAUAAUAGUUGUGAUUGUGCCAAUAAUUUGUUAAUGUUGUUUAUGUCAAAUUAUGAUAUUCAAAAAUACACAGUAUUUUUAAUUAGUAUCUAACUAAUUUUAUUCAACUCAAUCUCAAUAUUUGUACGUGUCUAAAACAAAUCCUUGCAGGAAUUCUUGUGAUUCUCACUGUUUAAUUUUUUAAUGCGUGCAUCGUAGACUCCUGCCUGCUGCAAAAUAAUGAAUUUAAUCAAUUUUGCAAUAUGGCUGUAACAUUACAAUAUGUGGAAAAAGUGAAGCACUGUGAAUACUUUCUGGAUGCACUGUAUAACAAUUUAUCAGUUGAUUAGAAAAUUGAUUUUAAGUGUCACACAAGGGAGACAUCUAGAUUGAAAGUUGUUGGGAAGCACUGGUUUUAAAUUCUGUUUUUUUUUUUCAUAAAUAAAUAUCUAUAUAGCAGCCAACUGAAAUCAGCAUUUACAUACUUCCAAUAGGGAGCUAAUAGCUUCUUUAUCUCUCUUGGAUAGUGCUGGAACUGCUCACCAGUGGAUCUCUUAAUUUAAAAUAUGCAUGCGCUAUUACUGAUGACUACUACUGUAUUAAGUAUUUUUUACAUUGCUUAGUUUUCAGCAAUGUUCUUACUGUUGAUCUUUCUCCUUUUGUAUUCCCCCUGGGAGGUCAGUAACAUACCUAAUGAGAUAUUUUGUUGUCAACUUUUGCAGAAACACGUUGUGUGUGAAACUGGAGCCGUUUCUUCUUUGCAUUGUGUUCUCCCCUCUCACACCAUUCUUAUAAAAGGUUGCUCUGUUUUUUUAACCCUAUUAUUGUUCCUAUUUUAAUAAAACUAUUUGCUCAGUUGUUCCUUUCAUUGUUCCUGCAAAAAUAAAGCUGUUUGUUCUGUUAUUUAAUUUUGUUUGUUCCUAUUUUAAUAAAACUUUUUGCCCAGUUGUAUAACUGAAGUAGUGUUUUCAGUUUCACACUAAAUUAUAUGCCAGCAAUUUUCAAUGUUAACCAUUGCAUAUUUUAAAUGCCGUCUUACCUGCCGUCUAUCACCUUUGCCAGAUAGCUGGAUGUUUUGCCAGUCCAUUGUGUGUGAAGUAACAAUUUGGUCACUAUUUCCUCCAUGUUUUCAUAGUGUCUUAUGAUGGAUAUGCAGUGUUUGGUCCCCACUGAUCCUUUUAGACACAGGGUAGCAGUUGGUACUCAACCCUCAUUACAAUUAUCAGAUGACAAAAUUUAUGACU